AUGCUAGGUAUUACCUCGAUAAUACAGAUUGCAACUAGCGGAUCUCGCCUCGGGUUACAACUGAAUGCCGAAGCAUGCCAGCUUGUGAAGCAUGGAAUUGAUAUUCACAUUAUUCCACAAGGCGUUUCACUCUUUGCCCUGACACUCAAGAAUGCCGGUCGAAUACUGGGUCAGAUCAAGCUUCAUCCGAGUCCUUUAUCUGAUGUCGUCGAAUUUACCUGGGAAAUUGCGCAACAAGCUCAGUUGAUUUUUAUCGACAUGAAAACCAUGGUCGACAGACUCCAAAGCUCGGGUCAUGACAAGGAAUUGAAAAGGGUUCCAAUUGGAGAUCGAGUCAAAUGGUUUCUUCGGAAGCGUCAUAUCAACUAUCUCCUGGCAUGCCUUGAGUGCUUCAACCUUAAUCUGAUAAUUAUGAUUCAGGUUCUACAACUGGCACAGCUGAUCUCCACCUCAUCACGCGCUACUCCGAGUGAUGAUGAAAUUGCCCAAGAGAAAGCAGAGAUUCAGACCAUGAUGGUGAACCUUUAUUGGUCCAGUAAACGCCUGUAUCAUCUGUGGGAUCUUGCGGAGCUGGAUGCGCAGCAUGCUACCCAGAAUUCAAUCAACCAUAGAAUCAAUCAGAGCCAUCCUCGCCGUAUCCACCAGAUACACAAUAUGACCUUCAAGUUUUGGAGGAUUGAUCUAGGACUCGGCGAUCUCGAGAAAUCUCCAGAAAUCAUGAGACAGCUCUCAGAGAGAGCAAUGAAUCGUCUCUUCUCACAUUGGCUCCCACUAUUGGAUACAUCAAGGCUACAUAGUAUCCAAAAAUCGGUUCAUUAUGCCGACAAGCCACACACCCCUCACAUAGUCAUCCCUUCCGAUAGCGAAAAUGAUUUCCAAGAUUUGUCCUUCGACGGCCAUGGCAUUCACCCGACAGGGACUACGAAUAACCGUAGAAAGCCACAAUCACAGCAAGCUCGCCACGAGGCAGCUGAGGUACGGCAAUCAUACUCGGGAUAUCAGGCGCAUGUGAAAAGAGAGGCUGGGGAGGGUCAACAUCGGGGUUCUCAUGAAGCAAGGCGCCCUCAAAGAACACAUACAUUUGAUGAGGAGCGUAGAGCUAGUGUACGUAGGUCACUAGACUCUCGCAGGAGUGCAGAAUUCAUGCCGCCUUACAGCGCGACAGACGGAAAUCCAGUGCACUACUAUCAUGACACUAGACGCACGCCUCGCCACCGCCGUCGACACUCAACACCGGCGAUGGAGACCAGGUCCCAACGACAGUCACCCUAUCGUUCCGUUCAUCGGUCUCCGUCUCGCUCCCAUCACUACUUUCACGAGGAGAGACGGGAGCGACACGGGAGUCUGAGAACCACCGUAGGAAGGUGGUUGCGUGGGGUUCUACACUCUCUCCUGUGA